CGCCUCCCACCCGCCCCGCGGCCUCCCGCAGGAUUUCCCACCCCACAGCCCACCCGGGGGCUGCUGGGGGGCACGGGGCGGGGGGGGCUUGCUUGGGAAGGGCAGCGUUGGGCCCCGGCUCCAGCCCCGCGUGCGGAGGCCAGGGCGGCCGCCAGCCCCCCCCUCGUCGGCGCUUAUUUACUUGGAGAGGGAGGUGGAAACGUGCUAACCGCGUCCGCCUGCGGAGAGGGGCUCGCUGCUGGACAGAACCGGCUCAGAUGGAAAACAGCUCCCCAGCCCCGGCGUAAACAGCAGCGGCAGGGAGGCAGCCGGGGAGGGCGAGCACGCGGCCCCCCCCCCCCCCCCCGCCCCCCAGCCCCCCAGGUAGGGUCCUCACCUUCGCCAAGGUGAGGCCGAGCGGGAGCCGCCGCCGAGCUGGGCCUGGGCUCGCCGUGCCGCCGCCUGGCCCCGUGGCUCUGGAGGAGAGGGUCCGUGGACGCCCCGCUCAGCGCCCGCCCCGCGGUGCAGGAUGGGUGCUGCGGCAGUGCUGCCCGCGGCCGCCUGCGUCCUGCUGGCCCUGCUGCCCGCGGGUCGUGCCCAGAGCACCCCCCCGGCAGGCUGCGGCAAGGACCUCUCCUCCCUCUACUACAACCUCUGCGACCUCUCGGCGGCCUGGGGCAUCGCGGUGGAGGCCGUGGCCAGCCUCGGCGUGGUGACCAGCUUCGUGCUCACCAUCGUGCUGGUGGCCAGCCUGCCCUUCGUGCAGGACCCUCAGAAGAAGAGCCUGGUGGCCACGCAGGUCUUCUUCAUGCUGGGCACGUUCGGGCUGUUCUGCCUGACGUUUGACUUCAUCGUGGGGCCGAACUUCUCCACCUGCGCUUCCCGCCGCUUCCUCUUCGGCGUCCUCUUCGGCAUCUGCUUCUCCUGCCUGCUGGCGCACGCCGUCGCCCUCAACUUCCUGGCGCGGAGGAACCGGGGCCCGCGGGGCUGGGUGACGCUGGCGGUGGCCCUGCUCCUCGCCCUGGUGGAGGUCAUCAUCAACGCCGAGUGGCUCACCAUCACCGUGGCGCGGCGGGAGGGCGGCCCCGCGGACCCCUGCGUGCUGGCGGACGCCGACUUCGUCCUGGCGCUCAUCUACGUCAUGGUCCUGCUGGUGGCCGCCUUCGGCACCGCCUGGCCGGCGCUCUGCGGCCGCUACACGCGCUGGAGGAAGCACGGCGCCUUCAUCCUGGCCACCACCGGCCUCUCCAUGGCCAUCUGGGUGGCGUGGACGGCCAUGUACCUCUACGGGAACCAGCGUGCGGGCGAGAAGCCCGGCUGGGACGACCCCACGCUGGCCAUCGCGCUGGUGGCCAACGCCUGCGCCUUCAUCCUCCUCUACGUCAUCCCCGAGGUGACGCACGUGACGCGGCGGGGCCCCGAGCAAGCCUACGAGGACGACGGCUACCCCACGCGCGGGGUGGGCUACGAGACCAUCCUGAAGGAGCAGAAGUCGCAGAGCAUGUUCGUGGAGAACAAAGCCUUCUCCAUGGACGAGCCCUCCUUCGCCAAGAAGCCGGUGUCCCCGUACAGCGGCUACAACGGGCAGCUGCUGACCAGCGUCUACCAGCCCACGGAGAUGGCUCUGAUGCACAAGGGGCCGAGUGAAGGUCCCUACGACAUGAUCCUGCCCCGUGCCACCGCCACCAGCCCGGCCGCGGGCAGCGCCAGCUCCACGCUGCGAGCCGAGGACGCCUUUGCCGUGCAGGCCCGGCACGCCGCGGUGCAGCGGGACGGGAGGAGCGGCCAGGUGCAGUCCCCGUACAGCAGGAACCGGUGGUGAAGCCCGGGUCCCACAACGCCAGCACAGCCACGGCCCCGCCGUCCCGAUCCUCUGAGGUCUCGUCCCUCCCCGCCUCGUACAUCCGUCCCCCGUCAGAGCUGGUUCCUGAGCUGGGGACGCCUGGAUGUGGCCCCGGAGCCAGCGCCCUGCCGCCCGGCCGUGGCACCCGCAAGCUGCCUGCUCUGCCCGGCUCCCCUCGUCCCCGCCGCCCACCCCGCCGCGAGGACCGGCUCCUGCAGGGCCACCCCGAGCCACCCCACUGCUGCCUUCACGAGACACCCGUCCCCUCGGGGCCAGGGACACUGCUGCCGGACAGCCAGGGGCACGGGGCGGCUGCCCCGGCGCUGAGCCCUGGUUUCUCGCUGCCCCCCACGAGCCUCGCCAGGCGCUGAGCCAAGUGCGGGCGAGCCCACGGCACGGACUGGGCGCUGCGCCCCUUCGUGCUGGACCUCGAGCCGUCCCCGAGCUCUCCCAGUGCUGACCCCGCUGUGCCUCAGUUUCCCCUUCACCAGGGGAUGGGGGGGACGCUCUGGGUCCCGGCACCCGGUGGCCUCCCCCCGCGGCUCCGGCCGCCUUCUCGGUGCCUUCCCCCUCCGCCCCUCUCCCCGCGCCGGGCUCGGGGAUCACCCUCGGGGGGGCAUCGAUGGAGCUGGGCCCCCUCCCUUCUCCUGGCUCCCUCGUUGGUUCUUCCUCUCCCCUUUUUUCAGGUCAGACCCAUUAAAGUUGAGUUUUCCUA